AUGUCUUCAAAACAGUAUGUGGCCGGAAGCAAGCCUGUUGAAAAAAGACAAAGGAAUAUAAAAAAUAUAAAUUCUGUAGCUACUUGUGAAAAACACCGACAAAGUGUUGUGAAAGACCUUUCCAAAAAAAUCAACAAGAUUCAGAGUGCUCAAUUGCCGGAUUAUCAAAUACGUGAUUUGAACGAUGCUAUUAAUCAAUUAAUGCGUGAGAAGCAUGCUUGGGAAGUCCAGAUUCAUGAACUUGGUGGAAUCAAUUAUUUAUAUAGAAAAGCAAAACUCUUUGCAGAUGAUGGUGAAAAGAUUGGCGAAGUCGAUGAUUAUCGCUAUUAUGGACGUGCUAGAGAAUUACCUGGUGUAAAAGAGUUAUUUGAAGCUGAUAUGACUUUUGUACCUGAACGCUUACGAAAACAAGAGAUGCAACAUCGGCAACUUGAUGCUUGGUAUUACGGAUAUACACCUUUGGAAGAAGAAUCCUCAUUACAGGACUUUGAGAAAGACAUAUCUAAUCAGCGAUUAAAUCGUAUAUCAAAAGAAAAACCCAACUCCUUGGAGAAUUGGAACCCCAUUGUUAUCGAGCACGUUCCGGCUCGCGAAGAGGUAGAAAAUAUUUUGUUGGAACGACGAAAGAGUGCUUUGCUUCAUAGGUUAGUGUAA